AUGGCAGGGCAGACUUCGAAUAUGGAUCAAUUCGAGGCCUAUUUCCAGAGAGCGGAUGUGGAUCGAGAUGGCCGGAUUAGUGGGAAUGAGGCCGUUGCUUUCCUCCAAGCUUCAAAUUUACCCAGACAAGUUCUGGCUCAGAUAUGGAUGUAUGCUGAUCAAAAUAAAGUUGGUUACCUUGGUCGUUCAGAAUUUUAUAACUGUCUCAAACUUGUUACCGUGGCACAAAGCAAGCAAGAAUUGACUCCAGAUAUCGUAAAGGCUGCCUUAUAUGGUCCAGCUUCAACAAAAAUCCCUCCUCCGCGGAUAGGACCUCAGGCAACUCCGAAUGCUGGUCCAUCUCCCGGUCAGUUGUCUGGCAAUCCCCACACUACUCAAGGAAUUAGUGUAAGUGCCCCUCAUGGUUUUUUGACUCAGCAAAGUCAAAUCGCCAGGCCGCCUCGGCCUCCACCUCCGAAUUUCGGAUUUCAAUCUCAGCCAGGCUUUCAAGCUCAAGGAAUACCUGGUGCAGGUUCUACGGUUGCAUCUCGGCCCCCUAAUUCCUUUGACUCACUUGGUGGAACUACUGAUGGUUCCCAAGCCAGACUUUCUUCUCAAGUUUCUAACAGAAACUUAAUUCCUUCUUCAACUCAAGGUGACAUCGGCCUUAUGGCUCCAUCUCUUACUCAACCUAAGGCACCUGAAACUACUGGGUUGGUACAAUCUGCUUCAUCCACACCGAAUGAUGUUUCCCAGGUUGGGAGGGAUGACACAAGAUCACCUUCGGCUACAGGAAAUGGCUUUACCGCGAACUCAGAGUUUGGAGAUGUGUUCUCAGCAACCCCAUCCAAACCGCAUACUCCCGGUGCAGUCACAUCUCCUGCGGCCAACAUAUCUGCCUUCUCUGCAGGGAAUUUGACUUCCUUAGGUGAACAGCCUACAGUUAAGCCAAGUGUUGUUUCUCAACCAUCAGCUAUUCAAGCUGGGCAGUUCCAGUCUAUGGGCAAAGCUAGUCAACACGUUCCAGCACACAAAUCUGCCGCAUCUGAGAAAUCUCAGCAUCCAUGGCCGAAAAUGACCCAGUCUGAUAUUCAGAAGUAUCGAAAGGUCUUUGUGCAAGUUGACACCGACCGAGAUGGGAAAAUUACUGGUGAACAGGCACGCAACCUGUUCUUUAGUUGGAGGCUACCACGAGAGGUCCUGAAGCAGGUGUGGGACUUAUCAGAUCAAGACAACGACAGUAUGCUUUCCUUGAAUGAAUUCUGCAUGGCUCUGUACUUGAUGGAGAGAUAUAGGGAAGGACGCCCUCUUCCUGCAGCACUUCCCAACAAUGUUAUAUUUGAUCAGACAUUGUUGCCUAGUGUUGGUCAACCUGCUGCUGCUGCUUAUGGCAAUGCAUCUUGGAGACCUUCAUCUGGUUUCCAACAGCCCCCAGGAGCUAAAAAUGCACGGCCUAUCACUUCUGUUGGUGUUGGAAAGCCACCUCGCCCUGUUCCCCAGCCUGAAGAGUCCAUACAACAGAAGGCUAAAGUUCCAGUCUUGGAGAAGCAUCUUCUAGAUCAGCUUAGCACAGAGGAGCAAGAUUCACUGAACAAAAAGUUUGAGGAAGCUAAGAAUGCAGAGAAAAAGGUGGAAGAACUGGAAAAGGACAUUUUGGAGGCCAAACAAAAAGUUCAAUUCUUCCAUGCCAAGAUGCAAGAACUUAUUCUAUACAAAAGUCGAUGUGACAAUCGUCUGAACGAGAUCUCUGAAAGAGUUGUAGCUGACAAGCGAGAGGCUGAAUCGUUGGCAAAUAAGUAUGAAGAAAAAUAUAAGCAGGCUGGUGAUGUAGCAUCAAAAUUAACAAUUGAAGAGUCCACAUUUCGUGAUAUUCAGGAGAAAAAAAUGGAACUUUAUCGUGCAAUCGCCAAAUUGGACCAAGACAAUGCUGAUGAUGCUCAGGAUCGAAUUAAUAAAAUCCAAUCAGAACUUGAGGAACUAGUGAAAGCUUUGAAUGAACGGUGCAAAUUAUAUGGAUUACGCGGAAAACCAACGUCGCUCGUUGAGCUUCCAUUUGGGUGGCAACCUGGCAUUGAAGCAUUGGCUGCUGAUUGGGAUGAAGAAUGGGAUAAAUUUGAAGAUGAAGGAUUCACUUGUGUGAAGGAGCUUACCCUUGAAGUGGAAAAUGUCAUUGCCCCUCCCAAACCCAAGUCUGCCUUAAUUCGAGAGCAGGUUCAUUUAUUAGAUAAAGAGAAUGCUGCAAAAUCACCUUCUAAGGCUGAUGAGGAUUCAAGGGCAAGUACUCACAACCAGGAACAAACUGCAAGAAGUUCACCUGACAGUUCUUCAGAAAGCAAAGCAGCAGUCAGCCCAACCAAGGAAAUCCAUGACCUUCGAACAAGAGACGUCAAUGUAAAUGGGUCCCCUCGUGCAUUUGACACCCAAAGUGAGUAUGGGGUUGAAUCCAUACGUUCUGGAGAAAACCGGUUUGAUGAACCAGGUUGGGGUUCUUUUGAUAAAACUAGUUAUGAUACAGUUGCUGCAUGGGAUUUCAAUCCUAUUGAAUCGAAGGAAGCCGAGCACGGAGGGCAUAGUGAGAGCUCUUUAUUUGGUCCGGAUGAAUGGGGUCUGAAUCCAAUUAGAACUGGGUCCAAAACCUCAAAACAGGGUCCAUUUUUCGAUUCGGUCCCGGGCACCCCAAAGCAGGGCCCGUUCUUCGAUUCUGUCCCAAGCACCCCAAAGCAGGGUCCGUUUUUCGAUUCGGUCCCGAGCACACCACAGUACAAUUUCCCUAGCUCACCCCACGUGGAUAACCUGUUCAUGAGGAAUAAUAACAGUCAGUUUGCUGAUUCUGUCCCAAGUACACCAAUGUACAAUUUCAACACCUCACCUAGAAAGUUCGGUGAAGGUUCGGAGGAUCACUACUCCUUGGACAGUUUUUCGAGGUUCGAUUCCUUCAACAUGCAUGAUAGUGGCCCGUUUGGUUCUCGCGAGUUGUCGAGAUUCGACUCCAUGCGGAGCAGCACUAGGGAGUCCGCCGACUUUGACCAGGGGUACUUUGGUCAACAGGAGUCACUCACGAGGUUUGACUCAUUCCGCAGCUCGGCCGAUUCGGAUUACAACUUUGGGCUGUUCCCUCCACGCGAGUCGUUUUCUAGGUUUGAUUCCAUGCGUAGCACAAGGGACUCCGAUCAUGGUCAGGGCUUCCCGUCGUUUGACGAUGGUGCUGAUCCAUUCGGGUCAGGCGAGCCAUUUAGGACGUCUAACGAAGCACAAACAUCGAUAAAGGAUUCCACUGAUAAUUGGAAAGCUUUCUGA